GUGACGCUGGCUUCGAUGCCUUUGCUCUUUGGUGCUGAGCUGAGCAACGCUCUUCACCUGCAGAUGAGAGAGCGAGGGGAGUAGGGACGGGCUUUCUACUUCUGAAGAGCUUACCACUGGAAGUGCGGAGCACAGGGGGAACAAACCAGCUAUCACACCGCGGGGAAAUUAUACAAUUACCAGAGAAGAAAUACGAGCCUUUUAGCCUUUUCCAGCUCAAGCAGCCUCCGCUUGCGUGCAACGAUGAAAACGGUCUCCAUUCUCAUGCUGACAGCAGCCUUACAACUGGCCACGUUUUGGGGGACUAAUGGAAAGCUGGCGUCCAAAGCCCCCUGCAGACCUGGCUUCUCACAAAGCUUUUACUCUGUGCUUAUUUCAAGGGAUGUACUGCAAGGCCGGAGCAUACUUCAAGAUUCCACCGUGUCAUCUCCGAAAGUGAGUUUUGAUGAUUGUAUGGCGAAUGAGGGGGUGGUCUUUCAGAGCAGUGACCCCAGGUUCAGCAUUGGCGCUGACGGGUCCAUCUACGCCCAGAGAGAGGUGACCAGCCUGACCGCACCGGUCCAGUUCACGGUCAUUGCCAGCGGUCCACACGUGUGGGAGACCACGGUCAAACUGGCUCUGAUGGGGCAACCCACUCCCUCACCACCAAGCAAUCAGGUCACAGAGGAAGAGGGAAAAGGAGGGGAGAGGAAGGAGGAAGGGGAGGUCAAAGCACCACCAGAGUUCCAGGCUCCACCCACUGUCAUCAUGUUUCCCAGGCAACAGGAGAUAAGUUCCAAGGGGCUGCGGAGACAGAAGAGGGACUGGGUGAUUCCACCAGUCAACGUGCCUGAAAACUCCAGGGGGCCCUUCCCACAAAUGCUUGUCAGUAUCCGUUCGGACCAGGACCGGAACAUCUCCAUCCGAUACAGCAUCACGGGGGUGGGAGCGGACCAGCCACCCAAUGAGGUGUUCAGUAUCGACCCUGUCGCCGGCAAGAUGUUCGUCACCAAGCCGCUGGACAGAGAGAGGAGAUCAUCUUACCAUCUUCGUGCCCAUGCAGUGAACAUGAAUGGUGAGCGAGUGGAGAGCCCCAUAGACCUGUACAUCUAUGUCAUAGACAUGAACGACAACCGGCCUGAGUUCAAGAACCAGGUCUACAAUGGCUCUGUCGACGAGGGCUCCAAGCCAGGUACGUUUGUGAUGCACCUGGCAGCCUUCGAUCAUGAUGACAACACCACGGCCAAUGGGAUGGUGCGCUACCGGAUCCUUUCCCAGACGCCACACAGCCCCAUCCCCAACAUGUUCACUAUCAACAGCGAGACCGGAGACAUUGUCACCGUGGCAGCAGGCCUCGACCGCGAGAAAGUGUCCCAGUACAGCAUCAUCGUCCAGGCCACGGACAUGGAGGGCAACCUAAACUUUGGCCUGUCCAACACGGCCACCGCCAUCAUCUCUGUCACAGAUAUCAAUGACAACCCCCCCGAGCUCACCUCCAGAACUUUUUCGGGGGAGGUUCCAGAGAACCGGAUCAAUGUUGCGGUUGCCAACCUGACCGUGAUUGACCGCGACCAGCCACGCUCGCCCAACUGGAACGCUGUAUACAGGAUCAUCAGCGGUGACCCCAUAGGUCACUUCACCAUCAUCACCGACCCACACACCAAUGACGGCAUGGUUACUGUGGUGAAGCCGGUGGACUUUGAGCAGAACAGGGCCUUCAUGCUGACGGUGGUGGUCAAUAACCAGGCUCCGCUGGCCAGUGGGAUCCAGUCGUCCCUCCAGUCCACAUCCGGGGUCACCAUCUCUGUGGUAGACAUCAACGAACCGCCCUUCUUCCCCACCAACCCCAAAUCCAUCCGCUUUGAGGAGGGUGUUCCUGCUGGCACCUCUCUCACCACCUUCUCAGCCAGCGACCCUGACCGCUUCAUGCAGCAGACCAUCAGGUAUUCUAAGCUGGCCGACCCAGCUGAGUGGCUGUCCAUCAACACCACCAACGGUCAGAUCGUCACCAUGGCAACCCUGGACAGAGAGUCUAUCUACGUCAAAAACAACAUCUACGAAGCCACCUUCCUCGCAGUCGAUAACGGCUCUCCCAUGGCCAGCGGUACAGGAACCCUCCAGAUCUAUCUGAUAGAUGUGAAUGACAACGCUCCAUCUCUGCUGCCCCGCGAGUCUCAGAUCUGUGAGCGCAUCAACCGCAACGCCGGCAUCAACAUAACGGCUGCAGACUCAGACACGGACCCCAACGUGGGACCCUUUGUAUUCGAGCUGCCCACCUUCCCCGCCAGCAUACGACGCAACUGGACUGUGUCACGUCUCAACGGUGACUAUGCCCGGUUGAGUUUGCGGAUCCAGUAUCUGAAGCCUGGGGUGUAUGAGGUGCCUGUGAUUGUGAGCGACUCGGGGAACCCUCCUCUCUCCAACAGGUCCAUUAUAAAGGUCAAGGUGUGUCCGUGUGAUGAGAACGGAGACUGCACCCUGGUCGGGGCUGUGGCUGCUGCUGGACUGGGGACUGGAGCCAUCAUAGCCAUACUCAUCUGUAUCAUCAUACUGCUCAGUAUGGUGCUAGUGUUUGUGGUGUGGAUGAAGCGUAGAGAGAAGGAGAGGCAGACCAAACAGCUGCUGAUCGACCCAGAGGACGAUGUCAGAGAUAACAUUCUGAAAUACGACGAGGAAGGAGGGGGAGAGGAGGACCAGGACUAUGACCUAAGCCAGCUGCAGCAGCCUGACUCUCUGGAGCACAUCAUCAGUAAGCCCCUGGGAGUACGGAGGGUGGACGAGCGCCCCAUCAUCCCUGAGUCCCAGUAUCCCAUCCGACCUGCCAUCCCCCACCCUGGGGAUAUUGGGGACUUCAUCAACGAGGGUUUGCGGGCGGCAGACAACGACCCCACGGCCCCUCCAUAUGACUCCCUCCUGGUGUUUGACUACGAGGGCAGUGGCUCCACGGCCGGAUCCGUCAGCUCCCUCAACUCCUCCAGCACAGGGGACCAAGACUACGACUACCUCAACGACUGGGGCCCCCGCUUUAAGAAGCUGGCCGAUAUGUACGGGGGAGGGGAAGAUGACUAGGGCCACAGGGGGCCCGGUCAAAGAUCAACUUCCCCUAUCCACCCUACUCAGCUGGUCUGCCAUGCUCUCUAUGUCUCUACAACCUUGGGGGGGUCCUCAAAUCUCCAACUUUAAUACACACCCCACACACACACCAACCAACUGAACUGACCUAGCAACUGACCAAUCAAUUAAGAAACCGCCAUAGUGGACUGUGCAGCAAGGCAGCUUUGGGUCCUACUGUACUGUACUGUACUAUACUGAGCCCUCUCCUGCUCCAAGGCUGUCUAAGACUGAAAUUUAUGCUCUCCAGGUUUUUUGGUAGAUUAUGGGGUUGGUUACUUUUGUUGUGUUUUUUAUUUUUUUAUUAUUUUUUAUUAUCCCUUGCUGUCUUCACUGUCCUUAAAAGCAAGCUAUUUUCUGGUGUUGGGAGGCCAUUGGCUCCCCAUUUCCGCAUCAGCCCCCAGCCGUCCCUUUGCAGAUAGUCCAAGCUGCAUAUUGUGUGACGGGGAAGAAAAGAAAGAGAAACACAGAAUGUCAAUUCUUUCUUCUGCGUGGAAGGCCCUGGUUUAAUCUCUCUGAACUUUGAAUUCAUAGAACAGAAGCACUGUUGUUUAAGAAGUGCCUUCAGUGGUGCGUAUUUUGUCUGACUCUCGCUAACUCAGGAUUGGUUCCCAUUUUCUGGGCUAACGUGGGGCACCGCCCCCUUAUAACCCCUCAAAUCUGACCUUCACGUCCGACUUCCUGUGUGUCAUGUUCAUCACCCUGUCAUGCAACAUGGACAGACAUAGGAGAAGUUGCAGAGGGGAUUUGCCUUUGGGGAUGAGGGGGUAUCAGGAGAGGGAGUGCUCUAUACAAAGACAUACAUUACCAGUCAAAAGUUUGGAGGAUUUUCUUUUGCUAUUUUCUACAUUGUAGAAUAAUAGUGAAGACAUAAAAAAUAUGAGAACACAUAUGGAAUCAUGUAGUGACCAAAAAAGUGCUAAACAAAUCAAAAUAUAUUUUAUACUUGAGAUUCUUCAAAGUAGCCACCCUUUGCCUUGAUGACAGGUUUUGAGCGCCAGAGAGGGGAAGAGGGAGCGCCAGAGAGGAGAAGAGGGAGCGCCAGAGAGGGGAAGAGGGAGCGCCAGAGAGGGGAAGAGGGAGCGCCAGAGAGGGGAAGAGGGAGCGCCAGAGAGGAGAAGAGGGAGUGCCAGAGAGGAGAAGAGGGAGCGCCAGAGAGGGGAAGAGGGAGCGCCAGAGAGGGGAAGCGGUAGCGCCAGAGAGGGGAAGAGGGAGCGCCAGAGAGGGGAAGAGGGAGUGCCAGAGAGGGGAAGAGGGAGCACCAGAGAGGGGAAGAGGGAGCGCCAGAGAGGAGAAGCGGGAGCGCCAGAGAGGGGAAGCGGGAGUGCCAGAGAGGAGAAGCGGGAGCGCCAGAGAGGGGAAGCGGGAAUGCCAGAGAGGGGAAGCGGAAGCGCCAGAGAGGGGAAGAGGGAGCGCCAGAGAAGAGAAGCGGGAGCGCCAGAGAGGAGAAGCGGGAGCGCCAGAGAGGAGAAGCGGGAGCGCCAGAGAGGAGAAGCGGAAGCGCCAGAGAGGGGAAGCGGGAGCGCCAGAGAGGAGAAGCGGGAGCGCCAGAGAGGAGAAGCGGGAGCGCCAGAGAGGAGAAGCGGGAGCGCCAGAGAGGAGAAGCGGAAGCGCCAGAGAGGGAAAGCGGGAGCGCCAGAGAGGAGAAGCGGGAGCGCCAGAGAGGAGAAGCGGGAGCGCCAGAGAGGAGAAGCGGGAGCGCCAGAGAGCAGAAGCGGGCGCGCCAGAGAGGGGAAGAGGGAGCAGGUGUGAUAGAUGGAGUGCUGCAUCAGAUGACCUGGCCUCCACAAUCACCCACUCCCACAAUCAACCAACUCACCAAUUGAGAUGGUUUGGGAUGAGUUGGACUGCAGAGUGAAGGAAAAGCAGCUAAUAAGUGCUCAGCAUAUGUGGGAACUCCUUCAAGACUGUUGGAAAAGCAUUCCAGGUGAUGCUGGUUGAGAGAAUGCCAAGCGUGUGCAAAGCUGUCAUCAAGGCAAAGGGUGGCUACUUUGAAGAAUCUCAAAUGUAAAAUAUUCCCUACUGUUCAAUGGUUUGGGGUCCUUGUUUUUAAUAAUAACAUCAAAUUGAUCAGAAAUAUAGUGUAGACAUUGUUAAUGUUGUAAAUGGCUAUUGUAGUUGGAAACAGCAGAUUAUUUAUGGAAUAUCUACAUAGGCGUACAGAGGCCCAUUAUCAGCUACCAUCACCACUGUGUUCCAAUGGCACGUUGUGUUAGCUAAUCCAAGUUUAUCAUUUUAAAAGGCUAAUUGAUCAUUAGAAAACACUUUUGCAAUUAUGUUAGCACAGCUGAAAACUGUUGUUCUGAUUAGACUAGUUGAGCAUCAGCAUUUGUGGUUUCGAUUACAGACUCAAAAUGGCCAGAAACAAAGAACUUUCUUCUGAAACUUGUCAGUCUAUUCUUGUUCUGAGAAAUGAAGGCUAUUUCCUCUGAGAAAUUGCCAAGAAACUAAAGAUCUUGUACAAUGCUGUGUACUACUCCCUUCACAGAACAACGCAAACGGGCUCUAACCAGAAUAGAAAGAGGAGUGGGAGGCCCCGGUGCACAACUGAGCAAGAGGACAAGUACAUUAGUGUCUAGUUUGAGAAAAAGAUGCCUCACAAGUCCCUAAUGGCAGCUUCAUUAAAUAGUACCUGCAAAACACCAGUCUCAAUGUCAACAGUGAUGCUGCUGAUGCUCCAGAUACUCAACUAGUCUAAAGAAGGCCAGUUUUAUUGCUUCUUUAAUCAGGACAACAGUUUUCAGCUCUGCCAACAUAAUUGCAAAAGGGUUUUCUAAUGAUAAAUUCG